AUGCAGCCGGCGAACGUUCCGCGGACGCCGGACUCACCGACGCGCAGCCACGAGCGCGAGCGAGAGCGCGAGAGGGAACGCGAGCAGGAUCGAGAUCGCGAGCGAGACCGCGGCGGCAGGCAGAGCCGCACGAGCCCCGAGGAAGAUCGGGAUGAUCGCGAGGAGCGCGGCUCGAUCGCCCGGCAGGGCCUCGGCCACGCCGCGAUCUCGGCCAAUCAGGGAUUGCAGUUGUCCUUGUCCCUGGAGGACCGCGAGCUCUGGACCAGGUUCCAAUGCAUCACGAACGAGAUGAUCGUGACGAAGAACGGAAGGAGGAUGUUCCCGGUGGUGAAGGUCGUGGCACGGGGUUUGGAACCGGCGGCUAUGUACACCCUGCUACUGGAGUUCGUGCAGGUCGAUCCGCACAGGUGGAAAUACGUGAAUGGGGAAUGGGUGCCGGGUGGGAAGGCGGAAGUCGCGCCGCCUAAUCCGAUUUACAUACAUCCGGAGAGUCCGAAUUUCGGGGCACAUUGGAUGAAGGAGGCGGUGUCGUUCGCCAAGGUGAAGCUGACGAACAAGUCGAACGGUAACGGACAGAUAAUGCUCAACUCAUUGCACAAAUAUGAGCCGCGCGUUCACUUGGUUCGAGUGGGCGCCGAGGAGCAGAGGACGGUUCUCACGUAUCGUUUCCCCGAGACCCAAUUUAUCGCGGUGACGGCGUACCAGAACGAAGAAGUGACGAGCCUGAAGAUCAAGUACAAUCCUUUCGCGAAGGCGUUCCUCGACGCGAAGGAGAGACCCGCCGACCCGCAAACUUAUCCGCAAUACACCGGUCCCUGGUUCCUGUCGCAACCCACAAUGGGAUACGAGUACAACACCGCGUCCGCGAUAGCGGCGGCCGCGCAAAAUCAAGUAUCGGCCAGCGUCGGCAAUCACCUCUCUAAUUCGUGCAGCGUCACCACUUCUGGGCACAGGAGCACCUGCAGAGCGGCGCCGUACACCUUGAGGCACAAGUACGUCCAGGACGAACAACACGCGGACCCUUACGCUCCCAUGCCGCUGCUGCACUCGACCGCCUACGUGACGGCCCCGGCCUGGUCGCCGCGCAGUCCGGAGUCCUUGCAGAACUUAAACUCGGCGGCGUGCCUGCCGCCGAGCGCGCCGCAGGACUGGCCGACCUCGCCGUCGCCGUCGCCGACUUCCUCGGCGCACACGGUCCUCGGCCGGACCGUCGUCGGCAGCACCGCCGCAGCUGUCGCCGCCACCACCGUGACCGGCUGCACGUUGUACGUGCCCUCCGCGAACUUACCUGCGUCGCAGGAGCACAGCGGACACUGCGCCGACUCCUCCUGGAUUCAUCCAGCGGCUGCGCUCGAGCAGCAGCAGCAGCAGCAACAACAGCAGCAGCAACAGCAACCCUACUUGAACCUGAACCUCCACCUGCAUCAUCAGAUGUCCUCUUACGGAUCGGUGCCGCACGCGGGGCUGCAUCACGGGCUGCAUCCGGGCGGAGAAACGGUGCCUCCCGCGGACGAAUACGUCCACGAGUACCACCACGCGUCACCGGUGCAGUCGACCACUCCUGAUCAGCAUCGUCACCAUCAGCAGCAGCAGUCGCAGCCGCAGCAUCACCCGCAGGCGCAGAUGUUGCACUUACAGGCGAUACCGCAGACAGGCACCAGCUCGCCGGUCAGCGUGGAAUACGACAGCCCUCCAAAGGAGCAGCACCCCCACAUCCAGGUGGGCUUCCACCCGGAACAGAGCGCGGACGCUCUGAGCGAGGUGCAGCAGGACGACGAGAGAAGAUACCUGACCACGGUGGUGGAUCGCCACCACCAUCACCACCACCAUCAUCAUCACAAUCAUCAUCGGCAGGACACGGAGAUCGCCGGCGCGGAACAGCCGACCGCGUGGACGCCGUUGACGCCGCCGCCGGCGCCGCAGACCACCGCUAUCUGA